CAGAACGUAAACAGGAAGUCCGACCAACAGAGCCAAGUAGCGGUGUGUUAGUUACUAAAAUCUGUGUUUUCAUCGUAGCUAAUAUCUCAGAUCUACGUAAAAACUCAAAAUGGGGAAGCGCCAGCACCAAAAAGAUAAAAUGUACAUCACCAGCACAGAGUACACCAACUUCUACGGAGGGAAACGAGCAGAAAUCCCUCAAGCAAAUUUCAGACGGCUCCCGUUUGACCACUGCAGUUUAUCCCUUCAGCCAUUUGAGUACCCUGUGUGCACUGAGGAUGGAGUCGUCUUUGACCUGCUGAGCAUUGUUCCAUGGAUUAAGAAGUUUGGUACCAACCCGAUAUCUGGAGAGAAACUAGAAGCAAAGUCACUCAUCAAGCUCAACUUUGCCAAGAACAAUGACGGAAAGUAUCACUGCCCUGUUCUCUACAACGUCUUCACUAAUAAUUCUCACAUUGUUGCCAACAAGGUCACAGGCAAUGUGUUUUCUCAUGAGGCUGUGGAGCAACUCAACAUCAAAACAAAGAGUUUUAAAGAUCUGUUGACGGAUGAGCCUUUUACCAGGAAGGACAUCAUUACACUGCAGGACCCCACUAACCUGGACAAAUUCAACGUUUCCAACUUCUUUCAUGUAAAAAAUAAUAUGAAGGUGUUGGAUCCAGAUGAGGAAAAGGCCAAGCAGGACCCGGCAUACCACCUGAAAAGCACCAACCUGGAAACCAGAGAGACCUUGGCUGAGCUGUACAAAGACUAUAAAGGAGAUCAGCUCCUGGCCUCCACCAUGAAGGAGCCAGAGGCCAAGAAGACUGACAAGUUCAACGCUGCCCACUACUCCACAGGCAGAGUUUCCGCCUCAUUCACCUCCACGGCCAUGACUCCUGCAACCACACACGAAGCAGACGCCAUCGCUGAUGACACUGUUCGUUACCAGUAUGUGAAGAAAAAAGGCUACGUCCGUUUACACACAAACAAAGGAGACCUCAAUCUGGAGUUGCACUGCGAUAAGGUUCCCAAAGCUGGAGAGAAUUUCAUCCGUCUGUGUAAAAAAGGCUACUAUGAUGGGACCAUCUUCCACAGAUCCAUUCGCAAUUUCAUGAUUCAGGGAGGAGACCCCACAGGCACCGGCACAGGGGGGGAGUCGUUCUGGGGGAGGCCCUUCAGGGAUGAGUUCCGGCCCAACCUGACCCAUACCGGCCGUGGGGUUCUCAGCAUGGCCAACUCAGGCCCAAACACCAACAAAUCCCAGUUCUUCAUCACCUUCCGUUCGUGCGCCUACCUGGACAGAAAACAUACAGUUUUCGGAAGAGUUGUUGGUGGAUUUGAAGCGCUCACAGCCAUGGAGAAUGUGGAAAGUGAUCCCAAAACAGACAAACCAAAGUCGGAGAUCAAGAUCAUUAAUACGACAGUGUUUGUGGAUCCGUAUGAAGAGGCUGACGCUCAGAUUUCAGCAGAACGAGAAAAAGAGCUGAAGCAGCAGGAGGAGGAGGAGCAACAGAAAGUCAACAACACCAUGAAGAAAGCUGAGGAGCAGACGCCAAAGACCUUCAAAGUAGGAGUCGGGAAAUACAUCAACCCCAGCACUAUAAAACGUGCAGCUGCUGAGGAUGACAGCGGACCGUCCACCAGCUCUGCAGCAACGCCAGUUAAGAAAUCCAAAGGCAAGACCGGUUUCGGAGACUUCAGCUCCUGGUAGAAGCAAAACAUUGUGUCUUUUUACUGGACAAACAUGAACAGAAACAUCCUCCAUAGAUUUGUUUUAUAUUGUCUCCAUUGUAGUGUUGUUGUAAUCUUGUCAAUUAAAGCUCCUUUUCUCCAGA